AUCUCCAUAUUUGAUCAGGAAAAUCCACAAAUGCCCCUAAAAUUAAAUUAUUUUUUUACCCGUUCGGAGUUGAGUUUGUCAUCCCUUCUCCCCUCAUUUAUUUAAUUGGUUUCAAGCAUAGUAAAUGGCGCACAUUCAUAUUCCAUGAGAAUAAUAUAUAAAUAAGAUGAAUAGACUAGCCAUAGGCCCCUUUAGAUUAGAUAUAGGCAUAACGUGCAGUGUCAAAUUGAAAAAAAGUUUGUGGGGUGAAUAAAUAAGUCUCUUGCUCUUAGAUCAACAUAAGUGACACUCAAACAAAAAAAAAGUGAAUUUCUUGUGUUCAUUCAAUUCUUCAUAUAAAAUAGCAGCAGUGAGUGCAGAAAAUUCAUUUACCUGAUGGAACAAGCAGAGCUAGAGCCAUGCCUUUCGGGCACAUCGAGCACGAUCUCAGCAUCGCAAGAAGCUCUGCCACAAGAACGCCUGUACAGGUCACUGCAUCAGCAACAUAAAGCAAGCAAAGGAGCACAACAACUAGAAGAUCAGGAUGCAGAGCAAGAAACAGUAUCUCAGACACAAAUACCAUUAGAUUUAAUGCUUUCUAAUGAAGAUUCAUGUAAUGAAUUCAACGCGGAACUCAAUCUGAUCGACUGCAUAAACGUAGGAUCAUCUCAGAGUUCGUCAGAAUCUCCUCCCCAAGGAUCAGAAAACUGCGAGCCUAGAGUAUUCUCGUGCAACUACUGUCAGAGAAAAUUCUACAGCUCGCAGGCGUUAGGUGGACACCAAAAUGCUCAUAAACGAGAGCGUACAAUUGCAAAAAGAAACCAGAGAAUAGGAGCAACAAUCGCUGCGACUGCAGCAGCGUUUGGGUAUCCUUACUUGCACCAGCACCACAAUUACUCAAACAUUGCUUCAUUACCAUUACAUGGUUCUCCCAAUAGAUCUCUUGGAAUUCAGGUACACUCAAUGAUCCAUAAAACUCCUAAUAAUAAUAUGACAAUGUCUUCUUCUGGAAAUGUGUACGGACAUCAUGGGUGGUUAAGGUUACCUAUCGAACAGCAACCCGCCGUAGGGAAGCUAGUGUCAGAGACCUACCAUGGUAGUGUCACCGCAGGACCGUCGUCCAGAGGUGGACCUGGUAGGUUCAAUAUAGUGGAUGAGGGUGUCACCAGUGGCGGCUGGUGGACUGGAGAUACUCAGAUUAAAAGUAAUUCAGAAGAAUCUACAAAGCUUGAUCUAUCCCUCAAGCUUUGAACUUUUUUUUCUUACAGGAAUAUUUUUCUUUUCUUAUCUAGAAUUAGGGGGUUUGCUACAAUAUGCUUGGAAAAUUAUUAGCUUAAUUAUUCUCUUUACUUCCUGGGAUUAUAUCAUGUAAAUUUUCUAAUGACAAAAGGUAAAAAUGAUUUUUCUUCCUUGAAAGUUUUUCAGCUUAA